CACACUUCUGCCGCCGAUCAGCUGUUUGUCGUUGCCGAAAAAGCAAAACAACAACAAACAAGAAAUCUGCCUCCAAUUCGCAUUUAGUUUUUAUUAAAUUAAAUUUAAUGAUUCGCAACGUGGUGGUGGGCGUGUCGGGAGGCGUGGACAGUGCCGUGGCCGCCCACCUGUUGCGGGAGCGAGGUCUCAAUGUCCUGGGCGUCUUCAUGCGCAACUGGGAUGAGCUGGACGAGGCGGGAAGGUGCAGCGGUGAGGAGGACCUCAAGGAUGCCGAGUGGGCGUGCCGGCGACUGGGCGUGGAGCUGCGACAGGUGAACUACGUCCGCGAAUACUGGACAGCGGUGUUUAGCCAGUUUCUGGAUGACUAUCAGCAGGGAUUAACGCCAAAUCCGGACAUUCUAUGCAAUCGGCACAUCAAAUUCGAUCUGUUUCAUAAGCACGCCCUGGAGCACCUGGGCUACGAUGCCGUGGCCACGGGUCACUAUGCCCGCAAUAGUUUGGGUAACUUUCUGGAGCGUGCUGGAGCACCUGACACAACGGAAGCCGCUCGUCUGCUUAUACCCGCCGAUACCUUUAAGGAUCAGACGUUCUUCCUGGCCGGUAUACCACGCGAAGCCCUGCAGCGCACCAUGUUUCCGCUGGGGGAUAUGGCAAAGAGCCACGUCAAAGAGCUGGCCACCAAGAUUGGGUUGCAGCGACUGGCCACGAAGAAAGAGAGCACCGGCAUCUGUUUUGUGGGCAAGCGGAACUUUAAGGAGUUUAUACGGGAGUACAUUAGCUCCCGGAGUGGAGACUUUGUGGAUAUUGACAGCGGCGUAACAGUGGGCCAGCACAAGGGCAUCCAUCAAUGGACCGUGGGUCAGCGUUGUCGACUCAGUUCCUUCCUGCAGCCGUACUUUGUGGCCAAAAAGGAGGCAGCCAGUAAUACCAUUUAUGUGGCGGCGGGACACGAUCAUCCCGCACUCCUCAGCACACGGAUACACAUUGAUCCUCCAAAUUGGUUGUGUGCAGAUUCUGAGGCAAGGCUGCUGGCCAUCGUUUCGCUACGCUGUCGCUUUCGGUUUCAGCAUACAAAACCUCUAGUAAUGUGCACCCUGCGGAUUGUUGACAAUACCUUUGAGGUCCAACUGGAUGCUCCCUUGCGAGCCAUUACACCGGGACAAUAUGCUGUCUUUUAUGAUGAGCUAGCCUGCCUAGGAUCAGCUCGUAUUAUCAAUGCGGAGCCUUUGAGCCAAAGCCUGGAAGCAGGAGAGCACAAAAAGGCGAAAGCUGAAACCCUCAAGAGCUGAUGUUUGUUAAUUAAUUCAGUUUUAUAAAGUUAACAAAGGACAUUUGUUGACUAAGAUGUUUCAGGAGUCUUGUGAUUUGUCUUUAAGUUAAGUU